AUGCGCUCCUUCGUCCUGCUCCUUACAGCAAGUGCACUCACCCUGAGUGUGUUGGCCACUCCGCAAUCACCUCAUCCGCAGCGCCUCCCACUCCGCUGGGGGAUUCUUGCGUAUCCUACCUUUGUUGGACUGGAUGCAUUUGCGCCCAUAGAAAUACUAAACAUCGUCAGGAUGUUGACCCCCAACAUGACGAUAGCUAUUAUUGCCGAGACGAUGGAUCCUGUUCCUUCCCAUGCCUUGACCGACAUUGGUGUCCCUGGGACGUAUCUACGCCCUACUCACACAAUUUACGACAAUAUUCCUCUUGACGUGCUGCUCGUGCCUGGUGGUGGCCCUGAGAGUGCUGUACAGUUCAACAAUACACGUCUCAUCAACUAUGUCAAGCGCACGUACCCUUCCCUUCAGCAUAUCCUCUCCACGUGCACCGGUGCACAAUUCUUGGCCAAGGCUGGCAUUUUGGACGGUAAGAAGGCGACGACGUCGAAAUUUAGCUGGAAGGAUAUAAUCAAGACCGGCCCAAGAGUUCCUUGCGCUCGCUGGGUCAGGGACGGAAAUAUUUGGACCAGUUCUGGAGUCACUUCUGGUUUUGACUUGACCAAUGCUUUUGUCGAACAAGGCAUGCGCAAUGUGACUCUUGCGAACCUUGCCACCAAUAUCAUUGAGUACGAGACCCACGAGGAUCCUUCUUGGGACCCUUUCUGCAAGAUCUGGAAUGUGACAGCCGCGUGA